GUAUAGCACGGUUCAUUUCCGAUUUCGUUUUCGUAAUAACAUCAACGUUAACCAUGUUUGGAAGCAGCAGCAACAACGGUGCAGUGUUUCUUACCAUUGCCACUGGAUUCUUCGUCUGCACUUUUGCGCCCGUCGAUGCCUUCGCACCGAACUCACUUCAGCAUCCGCAAACAGCAACCCUUCUGUGGUCCUCGAYCACAAGUGGAACGGCUCCGGUGCUCAAGUCUCAAUUGAAAAAACCCAGCAAGGUCCUUACCGUGGGGGUCGAAUACAAGUCCGACAGCAGCGACGACAGCGACGACAACCUCGAGGUCUUUUCCAUGAAACUCCGCCAGCAGGCUAAGGUGUCCUUUGUCGCCUGUGGGGACCUUGACGCGAUCCGGCUGCUGGCCACCGAGCAGGAGACGGCGAAGGGGAACUUUCCGGGACCCCUCCCCAUUGUGUACUACUGUAGCGGUGGCGAAGGGGAAGCUUCCGCUUCAGACGUUGCGGAGGCCGGUGCCUCAGCGCUGGUCGUCCUCGGUGCUGGUGAGGGAGCUAAAAAUGYGKCAGAAGCAGCGGAUGCCGCUGGACUGGAAACGAUCUGGAGCGUUUCCUCCGCGGGGGAGGCCGAGGAGGUCCUUUCGCAGACGGAAGGCCGGGCAGACGUGUUCUGGUUGGAAGGCAGCGAGGGUGACACCAACGAGAUUGUGAGCGUCCUCCCCAAAUCGAGCAUGGCAAUUGGGGUUGUUUCCGACCCCAUGCAGACCGAUGGGGCCGAGAUCGAGGAGGGAAAGUCCCUCAAGGCUUCGGGCUGCGCCUCGGUGGUCGUCAAGGAGGCCUGUAUCGGCGACGCCGAGGACAUCGAGUACGCGUCCUUCGUGGUGGGUGGCCUUACCAGCAAAGCGUCGUCCGAGUUCAAGUUUUCCGGCCUAACUGGGUCUACCAACGGCCAUUUCGGGGGCAUCCAAUCGAACAGCUCGGUCCGAUGGGAGAGGCAGAAGAGGAAGGAGGAAGCGGAGAACAGCGACGACGACGAGUAAUAACGAAACAGAAACGCAAUCGUUGCGAAAGAAGCAAACAGAAACUAAUUCUGCAACAUUUUUCUUCAGUGAACGAUGUGGUGUCGGCAAGGAACAGCAUACCUUCAAAAAUCAUAGCACCUUCUUCAUAUCGUUUUGACCUACAGUUUUGAUACGAGUCGCAACAAUAAUACUUUUCGUCAUCGUACYGUAUAUUACUCUCGGAUGCGUUGCCGUAAAGCCAAAAAUAUCUAGAAGCGCCACAAUACAUGUAUUCAUGCCCU